AUGGAUUCCCGCGACGCGAGACAGCUGCAUCAGUCAUCGUCUCAUGACACACUAACCGGUCAGGUGUCACAGCCCGAAGCUCCAACUCAGCACCAAACUCUCGAAUCGAUUCCGCUACAUCCGCUCAAUCUCAACUUCCCAACUCUCAACGACGACGGCUCCAUUCCCGACCUGACCGCACAUCAGUCGGCACAUCGUUCAUAUCCGCCCACACCGCCUGCUGCACUGAGCUCGCUGGGUAUUCGAGCCAAGAUGGCGGGCAAGGAAGCUAUGAGCGACUCAGGCAGCUCUUUUGCGGACAGUCAGUAUGACAUGAUCGACGACCUGUCCGAUGUGUCCAACGACGACCACGACACGGCGAGCAUCGCCUCACACGACGGGCCCAGCGGACAACUGACACCGGAUUACGCCCAGAGCGAGGCAGAUGAUACGGAAGAGCAGACGGAAUCGCUACAUCACACCGAUACGGCUAUCCCGUCUCCCUCCUUCGAGUCAUUCGUCGCUCUGUCUUCUCCAUCGUCGAGACGAUCUGCAUCGCCAUCUCAUKCUGUUCCUACUCAGUCGAAGCUUCAGAUGAAGGCGGAGAACGAUUUGAUUGAUAGUUACACGUCAGAGGAUCUCGAGACGCCUCGCCAGUCGACCAUGCCAAACGCGUUUGCCAGCACCUAUCGUCUGUCUCAGCGCAUGUCGGCAGAUCGUGCUACGCAUACUGUUCAGACCGACCAAUGUACCAACCACAUCCUCUUCAUCUCUGAUCGAGACAUGCCUGUCUUGGAUAUGGAAGUCAUCUGUGCUAGAGCUGCCUACGGCAUGGAUGUUGUCGACCCGAGCAGUGCCCUCGAAUACACAAUCAAGCGUCUCCCAGCUACUCCAUCGGGUAUGCAGCAAGCAUCUUUCACGGUGAUUUGUGGCGGAGAGAGCGCCUCUGCGACAGUUCAGCACUGUAUCAGUGCCGAGAGGCGGGAGAACGACUCGUACAAGCUACAGAUCCUUGAUUCGGACGACGAGCACAGCUCCUUCUACACCAUCGGGCAAGAUGCAAAGAUUGACCUACAACCUCCCCAGCUCGCCAUCUUCUAUCUCGACGCAUUCACACACGGCAUGGCUUGGUUCGAUACUGCCCUCAGCGCUGUGCAGUCCUUGAACGUCCCUAUUUUGGUCAUUCGUGAUAGCGACCUGACUCCAGCCAAGUCAACAAAGAUUGGGAAUCAAGGCAGCGGAUCACAGCUCAUCCUGGACUCGAAGCACUUCAUGGACAUCGACCGUGCAGAACUGCCCAAAACCAUUCUCAAGAUCAUCGGCAAGGAUCAGGCACCAUCUCCAAGUCGUGCCUCCAACUUGGAGGCAUCUGUAAAGGAAAAGUCUACUGGCAACAGCCUGUCUUUCAGGGUCGUGCUCAUGCUCCUUGCCCUCCUGCUGCCAAUCACUAUGCUCUCCACUCGGCUUUCCUCUACAGCCAAUUCAGAGGUAGGUCUUGCUGUACGGCGCGAGGCCCUCACAUUCGCUCUUGACAAGCUUGCGAUCUCUGCCAACAUCACCAAGACCUUCAAUGUUGAGCAUCUCAUGCCCCCGGUACCAGGAAACUGCACACAGGCAUCUUAUCUUGGGCUACCAUUGGGAUUCUCAUCAUGUCCUGUACAGGUUCAUGCCGAGAACGCGCCACCAAACCACGCCAUUGUGUCGUUCCAGAAUGGACUACGUGAGCCCCGUGUUACCUCUGCGAAAAUCCACAGAGAUGACGACCGCGAGCUGAAUGUCACUUGCACUAAGCUCAUGCCCGGUGUCUACCAUAUUGCCCUUGAUCCUAAUGAGGCCUAUGGGAAUGUCAAUUUCAACAUCAUUACCACGCGGCCGCCGCUCAACAUCAGUUGGUCAAGCAAUUUCGGCAAUCGCCUGCUCCAACGCAAGACGUACGAGAGAGCAAGCACGGACCUUAGCAAGAUCGUGAGCAAGGACGUCGCCGUGAUGAGGCACGCAGCAAAGGGCAUCACAGAAAAGGUCACCACCGAAAUCGGUGCCGGUCUUUGGGCCACUAAGAACGUCACAUCACAGCUUGCCAUGAACGUGGGGCGCGACGUUCAGCUGGCUGCAAGCACCGCUAUCUCUGWGUUUUCGAAUGKAGCCAAGGUUGGCAACAAGACUGCAUCCAGCUUGGGCAAAGACCUUGUCCUCAUGCAAAAGGGAGUCACCAACUUUGGCGAACAUUGUUCCAAGUCUUUCAAGUCGAGAAUGGCGCUUAUUAAGGCAAACUCGAAGGCGUUGAUCCGGGCACCACUGAACAUAUCCAAGCAGAAAUUGGCACUGUCCCGACAGCGGCUGCAAGACCUCAAGAAGGUACUACAGCCGUCGUCCGCAAAGAAGGCUGCCGUCCCGCAGAAGAAGUCUCUACUUGACAGACUUGAGAAUUCCCUCGCUGCGACUCCUGAGCACGAGCUGCUGAAGAAGCAUGCUCGACAAGCCAAGGCGGCUGCCACGGAUUGGGCUCGGAAUGUGAACGAUUUCAAGGAGCGUACAAAGAAGCAGAAGAAGUCUUCUGGUAUUGUGGGCAAGCGAGUCUAG